GAAAGGAAACAUCUUUACUCUUUGUUCACUUUUCAGAUGUGAAAAAAGAAAAAGAAAUAAAAGUAAAAGGCGACAUAAAAGGAAGAAGAAGAGGAGAUAUUUCCUAGGUGGGAGCAGGGCGGACGACACUACUCAUAAGUCUACGACAGAAAAUAAAUCGUACCUGGUCGGCUAUUUGCCGAAUUCAGUUUCUUCAGCUAAAUCGAAACGAGCGAAAGAUUAAUGGAGGAACUAUUAAGCCUUUCAAUUUCAAUACUUAUUGGGUACUAAGCCACGAACGAAAAGAUGACCUCAGGUAUCUUUGGCAGUGGCGCUAUAUUUUGUGGAGAACCCAUUACAUGAAAUCAUAUCAAGUUCUCCAUUUUCGUAUUCGGAUUCAAGCUUUUGGCCUUUUCAUCCCGCCCGCAGCGUUUACUUCUCCGUGCAAGCAUUGGAAUUCUAGUUUGCUGAUUUGUGCAAAGAGAAGGGUAUUCGGUGCAAAAAACUAUGCAAUCAGUUACUAGGCCUCUGUACUUUUGUUUUCCUAACAGAGGAAGCACUGUAAAAUCAGAUGGGCGGGUCAAGUUGCAAAUCCCAUGUUCAAAUCAACCAGUUAAAAACAUUGUCUUCGUUCCAAGGCCUCAGGAUUGUAAAUUUGCGCUGCGAAAAAACCAAUUGCUUGCAGUUCCCAAUGCAGAUGAUGGUUACCCAACCAUUUCUAAGUUAGAAGAGUCAAACACAAACCAUUCACCCGACUCUGAAGCGGAAACCUUGUUGCACAAAUGGUCACCUCCCCAGUUCGUGUGGAGAGGAUUAUCGGUUCUUGUUCUUACAGGGCAGGUGGUAGUCAGAACUUUAAAGGGCAAAGUUCACUGGAGGAAUACUCUCCAACAGUUGGAGAGAGUCGGGCCAAAAUCCAUUGGUGUAUGUCUCCUAACUUCAGCUUUUGUUGGAAUGGCCUUCACCAUCCAAUUUGUUAGAGAAUUUACCAGGUUGGGUUUAAGCAGAUCCGUUGGUGGAGUUCUAGCUUUGGCCUUCAUAAGGGAGUUGAGUCCUGUAGUUACAUCAAUUGUUGUCGCGGGGCGUAUUGGAAGUGCAUACGCUGCAGAGUUGGGAACAAUGCAGGUCUCGGAGCAAACCGACACAUUGAGAGUUCUCGGAACUAACCCUGUCGAUUAUCUUGUUACCCCAAGGGUGAUUGCCUCUUGUGUUGCUUUGCCAUUUUUGACACUAAUGUGCUUCACAGUGGGGAUGGCAUCGAGUUCCCUUCUCGCUGAUGCUGUUUACGGUGUGAGCAUCAACAUCAUCUUGGAUUCAGCUCGGAGAGCUCUUAAUUCAUGGGACAUUAUAAGUGCAAUGAUCAAGUCCCAGGUGUUUGGUGCAAUUAUAUCUGUUGUUAGCUGUGCUUGGGGAGUUACCACCUUGGGAGGAGCCAAAGGUGUUGGUGAGUCGACAACUUCAUCCGUCGUCAUCUCUCUUGUCGGUAUUUUUAUUGCAGAUUUCGUAUUGUCUUAUUUCUUUUUCCAGGGUGUCGGGGAUUCAUUAAAGAAUUGUGUAUAAAAUAAGUUAUGGUCAUCUAGUGUUGUUCAAUUUUGUGUGACUUAUGUUUUCUGUUUUGGUGGAUGUUUGAGUAAAAAAACUAG